AAUGAACCCCGCACUCUCGACAUCGCAAGUUUCCCCAAUUACCUCCUUUCUCGACCCCUUCCACGCCAACACAUCUGGAAGACGCAUGCUUCCUCAAUUCUCUCUCCAUCAAUCCUCAAACAAGCAAGGGCUAACCCUUUCCCUUCAGUGGUCCGACUUCGUGCGCUGCGAAGUCGACAACUCCGUCUUCUUCACCCAAAAAUACACCACCGAGCUCUCCAAACCCAAAGUCCCUACCCUCCUACAAACGAGCCAAGAAUCUCGAGCCGAAGCCCUCAAACACUACAAGCUCGAAUUCUGCACCCACAUGGCUCUGCAAACUGGCAUCACUAUUGUCCUCGCGGCGCGCAUCUACAUCAACUACGCCAGCGAUGUCCUCGUUCCCCGCGGAAACUGGAACGUCAUAUCCUUUCGCAACUUCUAUGAUAGAGUCACCAAAGCGGGUCUCAUACAUUUGGCAAUGGAUACCGCGGGCUGUUUCUGGAUAGACAAUCUAAAGGAUUAUUGCACGCAUGGAACCUGGCCAUUGAAUAGCGUGAAGGAGUUGAUGCUCUACAAUUCGCGAGGCGAGACGUUCUGGAAGGGCAGUGAACACUUGGAUAAGUUCAGAAAGAGAUACAAGGGCGGUUCGAAACUUUUGGAAAUGGAGAAAUUAGAGGGUCAGAGGAGCGAAGAUGUCGCGUAUGUGGAAAAGUACCUUCUGAAGACGUUUGAUAAGAUUGAAGGCAAGGAGGAGAGGAUCGAGGUGGACAUGGAAGCUCCAAUAUUGCCGAAGAGGAGAUUUCCAAGGUAUUUGGAUGAUUGUCCCUUGACUGAGCCUGAGGAGUUGCGGCGACCGAACAUUACGUACAGGAAGUUGGUUGCGAAGCCGAUUGAUGCUUGAAUGGUGGAUUGCAUGUUGGAGCUGGAAACUGCAUCGUUGCUGGAGUUCUGUCUUAACCGCGGGUUGUUUUCUUUCGUCAUAUUUUUGGGUGGAUUCUUUAUUGCAUUAAAGAGGCGUCGCCAUUGACAUCGCGAAGAUUGAAGGCGGAGUUUUUCAUUGCAUAGCGCAAGCGUUAUCAUUGUUGAAAUAUCUCGAUUACGCACUGGUUUCUUUCGUUGCAUUUCAGCUCUGCUUGCAUCACAGAGGCGUUAUUAUUGUUGGAGUAAACAUAUCGCAAAGACCCAACAUUGAUUUUCGUUGAAUUAUCAUUUUCUAGACUUAAUUCAGAGAUCAUUCA